UCGGUCAGCAAUACGAAGCGUAUAUAAUAACGGGAACUUCUGCAUAGAAAAGCCGGUGGAGAGGGAGAAACCAAACGUGGGAAUGGCGUCGACGGACAGUUCGGGAGUAGCAGAGCCGACGACGGUCCGUCGACUUGAAAUAUCGGGCGACAGCGCCGCCAGUGGUUUUCAGUGGUCGAAUUCAGUCGCGUCGAUUCGUGCUGAUCGAGAGUUUACAGGGUCUGUGCUGUCGUAGUGAUCGAGGAAAAGCAGGAAAACGACCGACCGACCGGACUGAUCGCGAGACUUGCAAGUGUCGUUGACGUUCCUCGGCCACGCGUAACUCGCAUUUCGUGUACUGCGGCACAUCCUUUCUUGAAAAGGUGCACAAUAAUUACGAGGAUGGGUGCCCAGUGCUUGGCUUCCCGGUCAUAGUGAUACUCCAUACCCACAUUCGGAUGACAGGUGUCACCGGCAGCGAAAGCAGCAUUGAUCCUCUCUCCGUAUGUGCUCAACUGCGAACUGCAUGCCCGUUAUUUUUUCCCGAUGUGAUCAACGACAGUGAAAUGACUGCUGACUGCUUCUCGAUAGGCCACAUGGAACAGCGAGGAGCAGGAGCCUCACUAUCGUCGUCGCAAGAGUGAAGCAGCAGAAGUUCCAAAGAAGAACGGACGGCAUCUCGCUCUUAAAAUACAGUGGAAUAUGGAUACCAUUAUAAUGUCGGAGAGACGCAGAGUGCUAAUUAUUGUCGAAUCGUUGAAUUCUUUAAGUCCCGGUUGUUUCGGUGCAGCAGGUUGUGAGAAAAAAUUGGAGGAACCUCCGCGAAGAGUCGACUGUAACAGGCGCCCGCAUUUACUACGAAGAGGAUCUGUGCUAUGAGUGGUGAAAAUGCUGACGACUCCUUGUUUCAAGUGAGGAUUGGACUGCGCCUGAACCGCAGAGGUGGAGGAAAAACCAACUGUAAACUCCAUCGUCGUGUGAGUGUGAAAAUCGCACAGCGAUAAUCCGGCUUGGAUGCUGUGGCCGGUUCUCGGUGAGGAUGGGCUGAGGCCUACAGGAGGAGGUUUGGGACCGCCGCCAGCGCUUCCUCCGGCUGCUCCUGCGCCCCAAUCCUUGAAAGGAGUCUCGAGAUUAGCCCCACUGCUAUUGUGCGCCCCGUGCAAGCCCUCCUCGCAGUAUAAGAAAAAUCAUAAUUACCACACGAACAGCUUCAUCGCUGGUUCGAAUCUCAACGCCAACUCCACAGCCACGCAGUGGUACGUGCAGCAGCCCACGUGGCGAUUAUGGGGCGAGGAACGAGGUGACGGGGUAAUUUACACGGUGUAUUUAAAGAAAGUCAGGUACCACAGACCAACGAGAAGCCUUUCGACGUCGGACUCGGACGACGAAAUAUCGCAUCUAGAAUGGGAAACGGUGCGGGUCAGGUUUUUAAAGGCUGGCACCGUUCAACGGCUCGUCGAGAGUCUGGCGAACGACGAUGGGGAGCUGGAGUCGACCUAUAUAAACGUCUUCCUGGCAACUUAUCGAGCGUUCACAACGCCGCGGGAAGUUCUGGAGCUUUUGCUCGCGAGGUACGAUGCUCUAGAGGAAAAUUCCGGGGCUGCACCCGCUGGCGAACAGCAUCGGAAGACCCUGGUUCAGGCCCUCCAUGUAUGGUUGGACGCCUAUCCCGGUGACUGGAAGUCGCCACCGACUCAUCCCCUCCUUGUCAGACUCCUCGACUUCACCCACCGGCGACUUCCGUCCUCGGAACUCGAACUGAAGGCCAGGCAUCGACUCCACUGCUUUCAAAGAGCAGAUCAGCUCAUAGACUCAUGCCUGAUGUACGAAAACGGUCGUCUGCCAGUUCACACGUCAGGAGACAAUAUCGGCGAUCUAUGGCCGACCUACUCGUUCCCAGAGGUGCCGCAUCGCCAUUUUGCCGAGCAGCUGACGCGGAUGGACGCUGAGCUGUUCAAGAAGCUCGUAGCUCACCAAUGCCUUGGUGCUGUCUGGUCGCGUCGCGACCGUUCGCGGAGUCACGAGGCCGCAACGGUUUUGGCAACCGUCAAUCAGUUCAACGCCGUGUCGCUCAGGGUGAUAACGACGAUUCUGAUCGACCUGAGCUUAAAGCCUCAGGAUCGUGCGAGAGUGAUCGAGACCUGGAUCGACAUCGCUCAGGAGCUGAGGGUGCUCAAGAACUUCAGUAGUCUCAAGGCCAUCGUCUCAGGCCUGCAGAGUAAUUCCGUUUACAGGUUAGAAAAGUGCUGGCAAGCCAUGCCCAGGGAAAAACACGAGCUUUUUCGCGAGCUCGAGAGGAUAUUCUCCGAGGAGAACAACGCCUGGACUCAAAGGGAACUCCUCAUCAAGGAGGGCACUGCCAAGUUCGCUGACACAGCUGGGCGCAGCGAUCGUCAUUUGCAGAAACUUUUUCAAAAACAGAACACUAACUCUGGGAAUAUUAGCUAUGGCACCAUUCCCUAUCUGGGCACCUUUCUCACCGAUCUCACUAUGAUCGACACUGCGAUACCAGACACGAUAGCCGAUGGUCUGAUCAAUUUCGACAAGCGGAGAAAGGAGUUUGAGGUCUUGGCCAGGAUCAGACUCCUUCAGGGUGCCGCUAACGCCUACAAUAUCAGCUCAGACCCCAUUUUUGAGCGGUGGUUUCAUUCGGUACUCGUUCUCGAUGACAGGGAAGCCUACAGAAUGAGCUGUCAGAUCGAACCACCUCCUCCGGGAAACACAAUCAACAGUCGUGGUAAAAAGAAACAGGGUAAUCCAGGUCACCGUAAAAACGAUUCGAUAACGUCGACCUCAAGUUCGAGCAGUUCUCAGUUCUACUGCGACUUGGAAUCGUUACCGAGCUCGCCGCACAAUUCGUUGGACCGUCAAACCUCACCGUCGCAGAUGUCUAGCUCGUCAUCCAGCUCAUCGCUUCCGUCUCUCGACGUCUCGCUGAGCUCGGGGGGUGGAGCGAGCUCGGGUCAUCAGGCGCGUCUUGCGCCGCCAUAUUCGAGCUCAGGAUCGAACGGCGCGCCAUCGGCGGGAGUGACGGGAAACUCGUCGAGCCCUAUGAGCCCGACUCACUCGCACAAGAGCUCGCCGGAUUUCUACAUAAUCAAGGUUACGAUGGAGAGCGAGAGCGUCGAGACGGAGGGCGUGGUUCUCUACAAGUCGAUAAUGUUGUCUAACAACGAGCGGACUCCUCAGGUGAUCAGGAACGCCAUGCUCAAACUCAACGUCGAAGGCAGCCCCGAGCAUUACACCCUAGCCCAGGUGCUGCCCGACAGGGAAAUGGUCCUUCCGAACUCGGCGAACGUUUAUUACGCCGUUAACACUGCCCAUAACCUCAAUUUCAUACUAAGACCGCGUCGCGAUGUGAACACUGAUGGGAACGUUGCGGACAGUCCGAGGAACAAGAACGGCAAUCAAAAUCACAAACGAUAACACGCGGGGAAUUUUUUCAUAUGGAAUUCCUGAUCCACUUUUGAGUGACGUUGGGGUAACGGGCAAAAUGGCGGUGGACUCGGGAGGCGGCGGGUGGUUCGAAAUUCGAAAACACAGUCGAUGAAUCUAUCUCUUUAACCAUGACAAACCCGAAACAAGGAAAGAUAUUAUUUUCAACUCAUUUUUUCUCUCUGCGUUCUUUCGUUUCUCAUUUAUGUUUGUACGCAUUCAAUUUUUUCACCGUCUAUCUGUGGUCCAACUAUAUUCCUAUCGAUCACUCGUAUUAUUUGGCUAAUCGUGAGGUUUUUUUCCUUCAUUGAAACCAAAAACGGAGAACAGAAAUAAGAAUAACAUGAUUGGAAAACUUAUGAGGUAACGAUACAACAGUAGUAAAAAUUAUAACAAUAAUAAUAAUUGCGAUUGCGAAUACAAUAUUAGAAAAAUGGACUACACGAAAAUCGAUUAUAAAAUCUGAGGAAAAUGAACUCGCCAAUGAUAUUUUUUUUUUAUUCUUUUUAUUUUGUAUAUGUCGGAAUUUUUUUCGUAUUGCCACUGUUUUUCAUUUUUCCCGAAUUAUACAUACUGUGUGGGAUUUAGCGAUGAAAAAAAAAAAUUAUUUACAAAUUCAUCCAUACCUAUAUACUUAUCAUGCAUAAUGUGCUAUAUACAUUUGAAUAGUACCACCAGUGAGAGAAUGCUUUUAUAAAGAAAACAAAAAGAAAAGAAAAU